AUGGGCGAAGAACUCGACAAAAGCCUCCUGAAGGUGUUGGACGCGAAAGCUCAGGGAACGGUAGCUAUUUUCGACAAAGGAGAAUAUUACGCGGCGUACGAAGAUGAUGCCCAGCUGAUCGCUCGUGAGAUAUUGCUCAGCGAUGCGGGCUUGAAAAAAUUGACGUUAUGUGAUCGCCCGAUCGUGUACCUGACGUUGAAUCCGGCCCAGUACAAUCGUGUCGUUCGUGAGACGUUGACGAUUCUACGCUUCCGCGUCGAAUUGUACGAUGCGCCGGACUCUAUUUGGGCGUUGAAAGCCAAGGGAACUCCCUCCAACCUUGGCGACUUUGAGGAAAUGAUCGGCAUCUCGGAAACACCCGUUUUGAUGGCCAUAAAGUUUCUUUCAAUGGUUUCCGACGCUGAUAACAAGGUGGCUGUCGCUUUUUGCGACCCUGGCGAAUAUCGAAUUGCGGUGGCCGAAUUCAAUGAUUCCGGCAUUUUCUCCACCACCGAGCAAUGCAUCAUUGGGAUGGCCCCGCGUGAAGUUUUGUUCCUAGACGCCAACGAGAAUACGGACCGCGUCAAGAAGUUGCGGCAAUCGUUCAAGCGCACCGAUGUCUCGGAAGUACACUUUGACCACUCGAAAUUGCCAAACGUCGAAGGAUUGUUCAAGAAGAAAGAAUCGAUUGACGAACUUGGGGUGGAUCUUCGACAGUGCGUGACAGCUCUACUCGUCUUUUUGAAGCUCGCCGACCAAGAGGGGGCCGCCGGAAAGUUUCAGGAUAGGUGGAAAAUAUCUAUGGCCCGAGGUCUCGUCGAGGCGUGGUGCGCUGAG